UAUGAAUGAGAAUGAUUAUAUGAGUGGCGUCGCUCUUCCAUUAUCUUCGGUCACUUGUCUGAGCGUGUCUCGCUUUCACUCUCACUCAGUCUCAGAUUCAGUAUUAGUAUAGCAGAAACCCUAACGCUCGCUCUCUCUCUCUCUCUCUCUCUCUCUCUCACUCACUCUAAAUCUAAACUCGGAGUCUCCUCUCCUCUCAUCUGCCUGCAAUGCUACGCUGACCACCCGCUAGAUCUCCGAUCGAUCAUCAUUCGUCAUCACAGCAAUAUCCUGUGGUUAUUGAUCAUUGAAAAUGCGGGUAUCAGUGAUUGGUUGCACGGUUCUAGUUCUAUUUACAGUCCUGAUUAUCGGGAAGGCGGAAAUUUACAUAGUGACAGUUGAAGGAGAGCCUAUCAUAAGUUACAAAGGCGGGAUUGACGGUUUUGAGGCCACAGCUGUGGAAUCUGAUGAGAAGAUUGACACCACCAGUGAAACGGUCACAUCCUAUGCCCAUCACCUUGAAAAGAAGCAUGAUAUGCUUCUCGAGAUGCUUUUUGAGAUUGGCACCUACAAUAAACUCUACAGUUAUCAGCAUCUUUUAAAUGGGUUUGCGGUUCACAUUUCCCCUGAACAGGCAGAAACCCUAAGACGUACACCAAGUGUAAAGUCUGUGGAGAGAGAUUGGAAGGUGAGGAGACUUACAACGCAUACCCCACAGUUUUUGGGGCUUCCAACUGGAGUAUGGCCAACAGGAGGUGGCUUUGAUAAGGCUGGAGAGGACAUUGUAAUAGGAUUUGUGGACUCAGGAAUCUAUCCGCAUCAUCCAAGCUUUGCAACCCAUAAUACCGAACCAUACGGACCUGUUCCAAAGUACAGAGGAAAAUGUGAAGUUGAUCCUGACACUAAGAAGGACUUCUGUAAUGGGAAGAUUGUUGGAGCCCAACAUUUUGCUAAAGCUGCAAUAGCUGCUGGGCAAUUUAACCCUUCUAUUGAUUUUGCUUCCCCUAUGGAUGGUGAUGGACAUGGAAGUCAUACAGCAGCUAUUGCAGCUGGGAAUAAUGGAAUUCCUGUUAGAAUGCAUGGCUAUGAAUUUGGGAAGGCAAGUGGAAUGGCUCCCCGUGCCAGGAUUGCUGUAUACAAGGCACUCUACAGGAUAUUUGGAGGGUAUGUAGCAGAUGUGGUGGCUGCAAUCGAUCAGGCUGUCUAUGACGGGGUGGAUAUACUCAGCCUCUCAGUGGGACCAAACAGUCCUCCAGCAACCACCAAGACCACAUAUUUAAAUCCUUUUGAUGCUACUCUUCUUUCAGCUGUGAAAGCAGGUGUAUUUGUUGCACAGGCUGCUGGAAAUGGAGGUCCUUUUCCAAAAACUUUGGUCUCUUACAGCCCAUGGAUAGUAUCUAUAGCAGCGGCAAUUGAUGAUCGCAGAUACAAAAACCAUUUGACCCUUGGAAACGGAAAGAUCUUAGCUGGAAUUGGGUUAUCUCCUGCUACGCAUCCAAAUCAAUCAUAUACCCUGGUUGCUGCAAAUGAUGUACUGCUGGAUUCUUCUGCAAUGAAAUACAGUCCCUCUGACUGCCAAAAACCAGAGGUUUUAAACAAGAAAUUGGUUCAGGGAAAUAUUCUUCUUUGUGGCUACUCCUUUAAUUUUGUUAUCGGUUCUGCAUCAAUCAAGAAAGUCUCAGAAACAGCCAAGAGCCUUGGUGCCAUUGGCUUUGUUUUAGCUGUGGAAAAUGUUUCUCCAGGGACAAAAUUUGAUCCUGUUCCUGUUGGUAUUCCUGGGGUUCUUAUCACAGAUGUCAGCAAGUCAAUGGAUCUUAUAGACUAUUACAACACCUCUACACCAAGAGACUGGACUGGGCGGGUGAAAAGCUUCAACGCUAAUGGUAGCAUUGGGAAUGGUUUGAUGCCUAUACUCCAUAAAUCAGCACCUCAGGUAGCAUUAUUUUCUGCUCGAGGGCCCAACAUAAAAGAUUUCAACUUCCAAGAUGCGGAUCUUCUCAAGCCUGAUAUUCUAGCUCCUGGUUCUCUGAUUUGGGCUGCUUGGUCUCCAAAUGGCACAGAUGAGGCUAAUUACGUUGGAGAAGGCUUUGCAAUGAUAUCUGGAACUAGCAUGGCUGCACCACAUAUAGCAGGGAUAGCUGCUCUUGUAAAGCAAAAGCACCCCCAUUGGAGCCCUGCAGCCAUCAAGUCAACCUUGAUGACAACCUCAACAACGUUGGACAGAGCAGGGAUGCCUCUUCAAGCACAACAAUAUUCUGAAACAGAAGCCAUGAAGUUGGUUACUGCUACACCUUUUGAUUAUGGUAGUGGCCAUGUUAAUCCAAGAGCUGCUCUGGAUCCUGGACUUAUUUUUGACGCAGGUUAUGAGGAUUACUUGGGGUUCCUGUGCACAACUCCUGGUAUUGAUGCACAUGAGAUAAAGAACUACACAAACUUACCCUGCAACUACACAAUGGUUCACCCAUGGAACCUCAACACCCCGUCAAUCACGGUUGCCCAUCUUGUGGGAACUCAAACUGUUACUCGCACAGCCACGAAUGUAGCUGAGGAAGAAACCUAUGUAAUCACAACCAGAAUGGCUCCAGCUAUUGCUAUUGAAGCAAGUCCACCAGCAAUGACUCUGAGAGCUGGUGCAUCACGGAAAUUCUCCAUAACUCUCACUGUCAGAUCAGUGACUGGAACAUACAGUUUUGGGGAGAUUCUAAUGAAAGGAAGCCGAGGGCACAAGGUAAGGAUCCCAGUGGUAGCUAUGGGAUACCAACGAUAGUUGGGUUGGUAAACUAUAGAUUGGAUUGAUCAAUCAGAAAAUUAUGGGGUAUUGUUGUAAUAUUCUUUGUAAUAUGUGGGAAUAAGAGGCUAGAUGUAUUUGUUUGAAAUAUAUAUAUAUUGAAUAGCUGUAAAGAUAACUGGUAUAAGGGGAGACCCCUGGUUUCUUCCACACAUAAGUUUUGUUAAAAUGUCAUUAGUUUGGUAGAAUGGUUUGAGGAUUGUCCUUUUCCUCU